AAACAUUGCAGGCAUAAAACUGAGUCGCAGAUUUGGGUUUAAGACUCUGUUGCCCCGGUAACAAGUCUGGUUGAACUGUGAACUUGCUUCGAAACCUAAAAUUCCGAGUUAAUCCAAAAAUGUAAACAAAUGAAUCGGGUAAACUGAGUUAGCCACAUACGAGAAACAGGAGCCAUUUGGCCUUGCUAAAUGGCUAACGUUUUCCAUGGCUUCGGGACAAAAGGUGCAUGUUGUUUGUGGGCAUUUUAAAGUAUUUAUUUAUUUAUUUUGGAGUAAUGAAAGUGUACUCAGUAACUUCUGCUGUAUAUUUGAAUCACACUCCGGUUAGCGUAAAGAAUAAUUGUAGACCGCGUACUAAAAUUUUGACCGAGAUAGCAUGUCGGACCUACUUAGUUGGCCGUGUUUUAAUGUAUGACGAAACAAGGGUCACCCAACGUCACAGUGGAAAUGUCUCAGCAUCGCAUAUAAAUCAUUGUGGUUACUACCAGGUAAUAUUUUUCAUUAGACAUUGGUUGUAUAGUCUAGAGAAAAGCGAAAAUAGUGAUCAAUCGUAUAUCUUUGUGAGAAAAUCCAGUCUGUGAGUGGAAAAACCAUGGAGUCAGGUGCAAGGAGAGAGAGGGAGCAAGGCGAGAGGGAGAGAGAGAUGCUGGAGAAAGUCGUGCAGGUUCUUCAGGAACAGGGCCUCCUGAUGACUGGGGAGAGCCUGGAGGAUCUAAGAACACUGAGGGAAGAGCUAAGGAAUGAAAGACAGCAGGAGAUGAGUGAGUUCAGACAGCAGUGGAUGACAGUGCUGGAGAACAUGGAGCAUCAGAGGACACAGCAACACCGAAACCUGGAAGUGUGGAGGCAUUGGCAGGAGUGCCAAUUAAGUGAACAGGUAGAGCGGUUUCAGCAGUCUGAAAUGUGGAGGAGAGAGUGUGAGGAGGAACAGGGCAGAGCACAGAUGCAUCAGAUGUCGCAGCAGUGGGGAGACAAGUACCACAGAAUACAUGCCUUGAUGUCUGAGAUGCAUGAAAACUGGAGGGACUUUGAGGAGCUGAACCGCAGAGAACAGGCGGAAGUGUUCGAGCUCUGCGAAGGGCUGAGGAGGGAAUGGGCCACCUGGACAGAACAGAGAAUGCAGGAGAGAAACCUUUUGGAAAGAGAAACCAGGGAACAUGACAGGAGGAAAGAGAGGGAGGAGUGGAGGAAGCAGAGGGAAUUCAUGGAGAUCUCGCAUGAGCGCGUGGAACUCCAACAUAAGAUGGAAAUAGAAAGGUUGGAGGUUGAGAUAAGGGAACUGAGAUCACUUAUCUUACGCAUAACUGAGGUGAAAACUGAGAGAGAGAGCACUGAGGAGACCUAUGAGCCGGUCACUCUGGCCACAGGAAAUACAACUGCGGUGCUGAUAGAGGAGGAGAUCAGCCAGAUAGAAGUGGAGAAUGAGAGGAACCUCGUCACAGUGGAGAUAGAAAGCAGUGCGAGGGAGAGCAAGAAACAGGAGAAAGAGGAGAAAGAAAGCCAGAAACACAAGAAGAAAAAGAGUUUUUGGUCACGGUUCUGCUGGAAAAAGCGAGUGACCACAAAAAAAGAGUGCUCAGAGGAGACAGUAGGACAAAGUGCUCUGAAAUUGAGGGUAGUGGGAAAAUUGACAAGUCCCAUACUAGCUGGAGAGAGCAGCAGGGAAAAAGAGAAAAAGAUAGAGGGAGUGGCCAAUGUCAGUAAGACUGAAACAGAGCAAGAACAAAAACAGAACAAGAAGACAAAAGGUUUCUGGUCUCUCUGGCGUGGGAGAAAAUAAGAUGGAGGAUAUAAGAAAAGGGCUCAGAAGGUGCUGCAGCAGAAUCACCUCUGGCUGGAGGCUACAGCAGGCCAGGCUUGGACCGAAGCAACACAGGGUGACGGAUUCCAGGACAGACCUGUACAGGCCCCUCAGAGUCACGUGGUGGUGAGGCAGUCACAGUGAGCAAACUUGGCAGGUUGGUAAAAGGUCAGCUGGUAAAGAAACAGGGAAAGUAUUGAAAUGACCAAACAGGAAGAACUAUGGUGGCCAGAUAGUUCCUUCAACUGGCAUUAACUAUUAACUCCUGUUUUUCAAUUAAUAAAAUCUAUGACCCAUCUCUCACAACCCACCCUGCAUGUCUUUUACAGGGUGAGUUGUGGAUACACUGGUGACUAUAUGUAUAUUAGCGGGUAUUUCAUAUAAACAGCAAAUUACUAAUGGUGAGAUUAAUUAAUAUACCUGAGAGAUGGGUCAUAGAUUAUUUUGCAUAUAAAUGUAUUCAAUGUUUGAUGAGGUGAUUGAGUUCCAGAGGCAGGGCGCGGAGAAGCUGAAUGUUUGAGUACCCACUGUGGAGAGGCAGGAGGGAGGUAUUGUAAGGAGGCAUGUGAAGGGUGGUAUGUAGUCCUGGAGGAGCUCGGAGAGGUAAGUUCUGCUUGAUUAACCACCUGAUGGAGCUCUGGAGCUGCCUGGGUAUGUACCCAACAGGAGACACAGCUGGGAGGCAGGGAGUGACUUCUGGAGCUGAGACUAUUUCUCCAGAGCUUGGCCAGGAUUUGGUUUUGCCUAAAUUUGAGGGGACUAGAACCAGAAAAAGUAUAGGAUUACCAAACAGGAAGAUGCAUGGUGGAUAGUUCCACUGCCCUGACCCAUUAUGGUUAUACUGUAAACCUCUGGCUAUUAGACAUAUUCAGGCUGGGUGAACUUCUUCACGUAAGUUUCAUAUUGAAAUUCACUGAAUGCAUUGUGAAUUUGCUUGGCAUAGCCAUUAGUGCACUCAUGCCUUGGGAUUCCUAGCGGUUUCACCAUUUAUUGUAGUAUGUCAUGUACAGGGGUGUGUGGCAUUCGGUCCGCCGAAGAAGUGGAUUGGUCUUGGUUGCGCCGGCUGGUGGAGAGAGCACACGCACCUGGGUUGUGUUAACUUAUCAGCCCAGGUUCUUUAAGUUGUGCUGCUCUCCACAGUCCAGGGCCGAGAUCGGGAGCUCACACAGAGAGGGCGUUUAUGAUUUUCGUGUCUUUUGUUUAACAGAGCAUUUAAGAGAGGGUUUAACAAAGCACAAAACGCAAGUAAACCUCCAAUGGAAAGUAGGAGGAGCGGGUCCAUUGUAAAGCGGGACAGCUACAGGCGGCACACUGGAAAGUGGUUGCUGUGUUUUACUUUCUUUUGUCUUUGCUUGUUGUUUUAGUUUAUUGUUUUUGCCUGGAACCCGUGAAGGGGAAGGGUGAAGAUGCUACGUUUAUUUUAUUUUGUAUUUGUGCAUGUGAACUCUCUCUCCAUGCGGCAACCAACAGUGUUCACUGGAACUGCCGCAUCUCCCUCCCAGUGGUUCAUGCUAGCGUGUGACAUUUUUGGUGCCAAAUCCCGGGAGGGAGCGGUCUCGGUGUAAGCCCAAUUAGCCUUUGGCUGCAUUCUGGGGUUGGAGGUGUGUGGCAUUCGGUUCGCUGAAGAAUCAGAUUGGUCUCAGUUGUGCCGGCUGGUGGAGAGAGCACAUGCACUUUGGUUGCAUUAAGUAAUCAGCACAGGUGCUUAAAGGUGUGUUGCUCUCCACAGUUCGGGGUCGAGAGCUCACACCAAGAGCGCGUUUAUCAUUUUUCGUGUCUUUGUUUAGUGUUUGUUUAACAGAGUGUUUUAAGAGAGGGUUUAACAAAGCACAAAACGCAAGUAAACCUCCAAUGGAAAGUAGGAGGAGCGGGUCUGCUGGAAAGCGGGACAGCUACGGGCGGCACACUGGAAAGUGGUUGCACCGUUUUACUUCGUUUUGUCUUGUUAUUUUAGCUUGUUGUUUUAGUUUAUUGCUUUUGCCUGGAAUCCGUGAAGGGGAAGGGAGAAGAUGGUUCGUUUAUUUUAUUUUGUGUUUGUGUGUGAGCUCUCUGUCUUCAUGCGGCAACCAAUGGUGUUCCCCGGAACUUCCACAUCUCCCUCCCAGGGGUAUCACGCUGGCAUGUGACAGUGUGAAAGGAAGGACCUGGAGGUUGUAUUAGCGCUAAACAUUCUGGGUGUGAAAAAUUCUUUGAUUCCUGCUGAUGUGUCUAACAAUAUAGAUCCAUUUUGUCAGAGAUCCUUGAGAAAUGUGUUGCUCAACAGCUUCCUACUUUCGUACAGGUUAAUAUUGUGUAUACGAUGGUCUCAUUGGGCAAGAUCUUUUGUGGGUCAAUCCUAACUUUCUUGCAAAUAUCAGUUUUGUCAGGGAAGAUGCAUCAUGCAUUUCUUAGGGGCUCAGGGGCAAUUUAUGGAGUGCAGCAAGGAUCUGUACUUGGUCUCUUGCUCUUUUCUUUGUAUAUGCUCCUUCUUGGGGAAACUCAAUCAAUCAAUCAAAUUUUAUUUAUAUAGCGAAUUUCACAACAACUGUCACAAUAUGCUUCACAGACAACUCUGGCCUAAGCCCCCACAGGAGCAAGCCUAAAGCUUGGAUUGGUGGCAACUAAAUGACAGUCCUGGUGUAGCGGCUCAGAUGAUGGGCGGGGCCGGGUGGCGGUGGUGGGGAGCAGCAGGUGGCGACCGAAAUGGGCAGAGUGGAGGCAGCGACGAAAGAGGGGCUGGACCGUGGUGGGGGAGUCCAGACGACAGCACCCGCCGACAGCGUGCGGAAGAAAAUUUGAAGUGACCAUUAUGGAAUGUGCAAACUAAAUUAAAUGGUGUUAACUACCACAGCUAUAGACACAGCACAAAUUUAUCAGUAACCUUUAUUUUAGUGAUGUCCCAAUCCAGGUUUUUUGUCUCCCAUUCCUAUUUGAGUACAGUAACAUUCAGUAUUGGCCAAUACUAUUCCAAUACAUAUAUUUCUUGUUAUUUGUCUUUUUAAAAUUAUUCAACAGCUAGCCAAGGAACAACAAAUUUAGCAUAAAAUCAACAAUACAAUUCUAGGGCAGGCAAGAUGACCUUAAAUAAAUUAUACGGAAAUUAAAAUAAUUCUGCUUUAGAAAAAAUAGGCCUAAAUACAGGUACACAAUAUGGCUGGCUGUAUUUCUUUUUCUAUUUAAAAUGCACCAUUAUGAAAUGGUAGGCUACAGACUGAAGUAGAGCUGGGUGAUAUGGCCACAAUAUCACAAUAUUUUUCAUAUUGAUGGUAUGACAGGAUGCAAAUGGCAGGAGACAUAAUCUGAAAGCCUACUGUGACUACUAAAAUAAGAAUCAAUUAAAAUAAUCCAUUUCACUGUUUUUGUUGGGAGCAUGAACAAAAAUGACAAUAAGACAGUAAAAGCAGUAAAAUAUCAAUUACACAUAAAAUACAUUACUUAUUGCAAAAAAUUGGUAAAAAUGUAUUUUUUUAAAUUAUCAAUAAUAAUAAAAAAUAGCAAUAAUAAUAUUUAAGAACAAGUGUAUUCAAUUUAAAACCAAUCGUACAGUUAUUGUGUUACUUUUGAGUAAUUCUGGACAUUUACAUGACCAUACCACGUUCUUUAAAGUGCACAAUUGUGUCGAUAUCACAAAUGGACAUGCUGUCAGGCAGAAGCCAUUGACAUUGAAUUCAAAUUUCUGCCUGAUGCAUUUUUAAAAAAUGACACGUGAACUACCAGCAUGGCCUCUGUGAUCGACUAGUCGAUCGUGAUUAAUGUAUUGGGCUUUCUAUUUAUGGAUAAUGUGAAAAAUAGAGGGCCCAAGAUUAAGCCUUGUGGCACAACCGUUGCAACCUCUCAAACGGCUUAAAAUAAUUUUCAUCAAAACCAAUAGAUUUGAGUCAAUCUAAAAGAAUGAAGAAAAGACUUUCAAUAAGUCAAUAAACAAAGCAAGGAAAUUGGGAACGGACAAGUAAUUUACUACUUUACUGGCUGCAGUCAAUUUGCAGUGACCAGGCCUGAAACCAAACUGAUGGGAAUUUAAAAUAAUAUGAUAAGACUGGAUUUGACUUAAUUUUUCAAUAUUAGGCAAUAAUUAUUUGGAUAACUUGCAUUACUGCUUUAAGGAUAAUAUGUAUGUUGCUGUCCAAACAUUUGGAACAUAGUGAUGCUUUUUCAUGUAAAUUACCAGCAGAAAUAAAUUGUUCAUUAAAAA